AUGCUGCAGCUGCUAUGUGUCAGAAGACCGCGUGUCCUAUUGCUGGAAUGUGCCUGGACCCGAUGUCUUCAAAUUCGUGGACAAGGUGGCACUCCGCCGCCGAAACACCUCAGGUUCUGGGCCGAGCAUGAGGAUGGAAUUGUACUGCAAAGGCGGAAGGAGGGCGCCGACUUCUCAUCUAUUGCAACCGUACUUGACCGCACUGCGGACAGUGUCAGAGCUCGAUACGGCAGGUUUCUCGAUUCCAAGCCACCACGCAUCAACUCUGAACAAGCUCUCACUCAACACCAGGACGAAGUCAUCAUCCAGCGAAUGUGCGAGGGUGUUGCGACCCGCUUGAUCGCGAAAGAACUGCAUCGCUCCGUGUCUCAAGUGAGAAAUCGUUGCAGCGUGCUGCAAUUCAGGCCUGACGUUCCCGAAGCGGCUUUUGCAAGAUACAGUCGGCCAAGAUCAAAGCUAGGCGCCUUGGAUCGCCCCGAGGCCGAAGCCCUAAUUGAGCGGCGUUACGGUGAAGGCAAGACUCUCAAAGCUAUCGCAAGCGAAUUGCAGUGCAAUGCAACCACUGUCUGGCGCUGGUUCAGCUCUAUGGGACUCUCCAGAAAGCAACGCACUGGGUUCGAAGGCAAAGGAUUAUCCGAUCCAGAAAUUCAAACGAUACUGCGUCGCAGGUCUGAAGGAUGGACAUAUCCAGCGAUCGCAUCCGAACUAGGUCGCACUAUGGGGAGUGUGCGCUAUUGCUUGCGUAGGCAACGAAUUUUGGAGUUCACACGCAAGCCACGCCGGGCCUUUACGCCGGACGAGGAUCAGGAAUUACUGAAAUUGCACAGAGGCGGCAAUACUCACUCUGAGACCGGAAAGCUUCUUGGCCGCGCUCCAAGUGUAGUAGGCAGACGCCUGAAGCAGCUGGAGAACCCGCGGCUGAGCGAUCCCCCCAGAUGGACCACGGAAGAAGUCGAAGACCUCGUCACACAAUACGACCGAGGCGUUCCAAUCCGCGUCAUAGCCGCCGCACUUGAGCGCGAUUGCGAAUUGGUCAAAGCCAAGUUGCAGCUCACCUUAGUGAGGAGAGGGCGUACAGACUGGUCGCCUGUAAAUCCUGCUCGCGGCGCAAGCUAG